GUCCAUAGCUGGCCGAGUGGUCGCUGGCUCCUGGUGGUUUUUCACCCUCUUCAUAGUGUCCGCCUACACAGCCAAUCUGGCCGCUUUCCUCACCUUCGAGCGCCUCGAGAGUCCCAUCAACUCAGUGGCUGAUCUGGCUCAGCAGUCCAAGAUCAAGUACGGAUGUGUCAAAGACGGAACCACUAUGAACUUCUUCAAGACGUCUCCGAUUCCGAUGUUCCAACGUAUGCACGCCUUCAUGUCUUCAAUCUCCCCCUCGCCCUACACCAGUAGCAACCAGGAGGGCAUCCGCAGAGUCCGUGAGAGUGGGGGAGCGUAUGCAUUUCUCCUGGAGAGUGCAAUGAACGAGUACACAGCACAGCAGCCCCCCUGUGAUACUAUGAUUGUGGGCAAUAAUCUAGACACUAAAGGGUACGGAAUAGCACUCACCAAAAACUCACUAUGGACGCACAACUUCACGGUGGAGAUUCUGAGUCUGACUGAGGGGGGAGUGUUGCAGGAGCUGAAGAACAAGUGGUGGAUCCACAGGGGUCAAUGUCCCCCCUCGUCCGAAGCUGCGGGCCGGAACGGCAAAGAAGGUCUCGGGUUCCAGCAAGUAGCAGGAAUAUUCUACAUUCUAUUCAGUGGACUAUGUAUUGCAAUAUUCAUAAUGGCCAUUGAAUCUUGCUUCUACCACUGCGCCAAAACCUACAAAACCAAAGGUCACAGAAGUUCAUCUGGGGUCAGAAACAACCCUGAACGGUUCGGAGACUUCGACCGAUACAAAUGCAUGGGGAUAAUUUCGACUGAAAAUUACCCAAGAGGAGCUACGGGUUAUAGACCCGUUUACACCUCCCAACCCCACGUGAUUGAAGAUCACGUGAUGCUGGGUUAUAAAAGUGUGGAGAUCGCGGGUCCAAAAGGUCAGCCGGUCAGCAUGACCUUGCAACCUCUGAGUGACCCAGCAAGGGUCAAUGACCCAAACGGGAUCAAACGACGGGUCCAACAAGGACAUAAAAUGAAUCAAACUUCGUUCGACUCAAAUACCAUCUCUGUUUAGUGUUAUUAAGAGUCGAUGAACGCAGUGAAGACUUUAAUACAAGUCUUGAUGAUUUUCU